CGCGCGUGUCAACGCCCGCAGGUCGAGCUCGAUCGGUGAGGUUCCGUCAGGUUCACUCCAACGCGUUCGUCUCGCACGCCCAGCACAGCCGCGGAGGUCGCGGACGACGCCGUUGUCGGUUCUCCGGUCGCGGUUUUUUUGUUUUUUCGCGCUCGCGAAGAGGCGGGGAGAAUAGCGCAAGAUGGUGACCGCCGGACUGCACGCCACGUCGAUGGGAGCCAAGAGCAACGGCUCCACCAACAAGCAGUGGUACUCGCUCGUUAAGCUCGACCCCUACGGGCUGGGUCACGGCGCCUGCGACGGCGAACUCGCCGAGCUCGAGGAGCUCAUCCUCAGCGAGCCCGACCAGCGGGGUCUCGACGAUGGGACGUUCACCGGGUUUCACGGCAGCGACGGGGACGCGAACUCCUCGCUCAGCGACGAUGCGGAGGACGACUCGCGCGAUGAUUACCGUGUAUACAAGGCGAUGCCGCCGGUUCACCAGAAGCCCGGCGGUCCCUGCGACCACUGCGGAGCCGUCGACUCGCCCCAGUGGAGGAGGGGUCCCGCGUCCAAGCCGAUGCUGUGCAACGCCUGCGGGACCCGUUACCGCAGGACGAACAACCUCGGCCCCUCGACCCCGAUGGGGCGGGUGGGGCAGGCUGCGCUGCCCAAGAAAAGGACGCCCCCCGGAUCUCCCACCUCUUCGCUCAACCCGGCGAAGAAGAACCGGUGCGCGCCGACCGAGAUCACGGGCAUCGAGAACCUUCGUCCGAACGCCGUGCGCGCGUGAAGGGCCGUGGCUGCGAGGGCACCGGCGAAGAAAUCGGACCCGAAGUUGGCACCUGUGUAAAGGUUUGUAAGUAAUACGGAGUGGGGAAAGUGUGUGUGUGAGAGAGAGAGAGUCAGAGGGUGUGGUGGGUGAACAAGUGGGUGUGGUGAGAGGCGAGGGGAGACGCGUCGCGCUGUAGCGAUGAUCCCCCUCCAAGGCACGACGAGCGCGGCGACGACGACGUGAAAACCUGUGAAAAAAGCAGCUAAAAAAUCAUAGCACGAGUAAUAUUAUAGCGAAGGCACCAACGCCA